CGCAGGGUAUCAUUAUAACAUUGCAAUUUUGGAGGCGAUCAAUUGAGCUUUCUUCCCCUCCCCCCGCGUACCCGUAGUCUAUUAUCUACCUUCGUUCCCUCCCCUUCUACGGAUAUAUCUCUUCCUACAGUCUUAGACAAAGGCCAUCGGACUCCGCAAAGCAAAGAUGCCAGACGUAUUCGCAGUUCCAGGUAACCGUCUCCAUGCCCUCUCCCUUAUCCCUACCCAUGAAUCACCCCAUUACAAUACCCCAUAUUUCACGUGCAUCCCCAUCUGCAAGUCCUCGGGACCCAAUCAGAAACAUACCUCUUCCAAACGGACAGCGGCUCACAAACCACAGUAUUCUUUGUAGUCUUCCGCGAAACAAUUGAAGCCGGAAUUAUAGUCUCCGUCCUCCUCGCAUUCAUCAAGCAGACCUUAAGCGCAGAUGAUGAAGCAACCUACAAACGCCUGACCCGCCAAGUCUGGAUCGGUCUCUUCGCUGGUCUUUUCAUAUGUCUCGUGUUAGGGGCAGCAUUCAUUGGUGCAUUCUAUACUAUUGGCAGGAACUUCUGGGAGCAGGGUGAAGACCUUUGGGAAGGGAUAUUUUGCCUGCUGGCUUGUAUCAUUAUCACUGUUUGCCCCCCAUCUCCGUUCCAAGCCGUCCACAGCCCAACCAAGUAGAGAAGAGAGCUGACUAUGGAUAGGUAAUGGGUGCCGCAAUCCUCCGCAUCUCCAAACUUCGUGAAAAAUGGCAAGUCAAGAUAGCCGAAGCCCUCGAGCUGAAAAAGAGCCGAACCCUCGGCUCGUGGACGAAAAAGUACGUUAUGAUAAUCCUUCCCUUCAUAACCGUAAUCCGUGAGGGCCUAGAAGCUAUUGUCUUCGUUGGUGGAGUUUCACUUUCUGCGCCGGCUAGCGCGUAUCCUUUGCCGGUUGUUGUUGGUAUGGUGGCUGGGAUUGCAAUUAGUUGGGGGAUUUACCGCGGGGGGGAUUCAAUAAGGAUUCAGUGGUUUUUAAUUGCAAGCACCAUGUUGUUGUAUUUGGUUGCGGCAGGGUUGGGAUCUAGAGCGGUUUGGAAAUUCGAGAUGUAUGAGGUUGGUAUUCUGGUUCGUAUCACAGAGACAGGGCACUAAACAUGAGUAGUUCAAAAAACUUGUUGGAGGUGAUGUGGGUGAGACCGGCUCAGGCCCUGGGUCGUAUGAUAUCAGAAAGACAGUCUGGCAUGUCAACUGCUGUUCGCCGGGUGCUGGAGGCGGUGCCGGGUGGGGUAUUUUCAAUGCUAGUAAGCUCCCAUUUGCCCCGAUCCAGCCCUUGUGCUAAUUCAAAAGUCCUCGGAUGGCAAAAUAGCGCUACAUAUGGCUCCGUCCUUUCGUAUAACGUCUACUGGAUUGUAGUUUCUCUGGGGUUUAUGUUGAUGAUGUUCCACGAGAAAAGGGGGCACUACCCGCUCAUGAAAGCCCCGGCUUCUGACCGUGCUCCGGCGGAGGGCUCGGAUAGUGGUGAUGGGGGUGUCAUGGCCGGGGACACCCUGGGGGAGAAAGUGGCGCCAACUGCUGAAGUCAAGGUCACGGAUAAUGUUUGAUCAUGUACUGUUCCGUAUAUAGGAAAGAGUGUGAAAUGGAAAACUUUUUAUGAUCGAU